AUCGCUCCCAUUUCAAUUGAUUUGUUUUUAGUGUGUUGGACGACGUCGAUUGCGUUAACAGGACAUUGUAGUUUUGGUUUCUAGUGGAACAUACAUAUGGAAGAAACUACGGAAGCUGCGGCAGCUUCCUCAAGCGGAGCCCCAAAGAGGAGAACCUUUCGUAAAUUUUCUUACCGUGGCGUAGAACUGGAUCAGUUGUUGGACUUGAACAUGGAACAACUCAAGGAACUAUUCAAUAGCAGAGUUAGAAGAAAGCUAAAUCGAGGGAUGGGUAUCAAAUACAAAACUUUGUUGAAAAAGCUUCGAAAGGCAAAGAAGGAAGCACCUGAGCAUGAGAAGCCCGAGGCGGUCAAAACUCAUCUUCGUGACAUGAUUGUCCUUCCAGAGAUGAUUGGAAGUGUUGUUGGGGUUUACAACGGCAAGACGUUCAAUCAAGUAGAAAUCAAGCCUGAAAUGAUCGGUCACUAUUUGGGUGAAUUUUCUAUUACUUACAAACCCGUGAAACAUGGGCGACCUGGUAUUGGUGCUACACAUUCUUCUCGUUUUAUUCCGUUGAAAUAAACAGCACAAAAUUGUGUGGAUAUUAUCCAGAACAUACAAUGCUCAUGAUUUACAGUGAAUGAGUCUACGGGAACUUGGUUUGCAUCAUAAAACUUUGCGGCAAUCG